ACAUUUUCAAACGUUAAUAUUAAUAACCAAACGAUACCUUGUGAGUUUCCAAGAAGGCACAUGGAUUACUUCAGACUCAGAGUACUUAGACGCCUUACAGAAUCGUUGUCAUAUUCCUUCGUGCCACACCGACUCGCUUCCCUUUCGUCUUCUCCCUUUCAACAUCUCUGCGACUUCGUUUCAUUCUUCUCAUAUUUCGGCAGAUCACAUUGAGAUAUAUUGAGAUGUCGUCAAAGCCUCUCCAAGUCGAUCAGCUUAAGCAACUAAGGGACGUUUUUGCUCGAUUCGACAUGGACUCCGACGGCAGCCUGACCGUCCUAGAGCUAGCGGCGCUCCUCCGCUCUCUUGGCCUGAAGCCCACCGGAGAUCAAAUCCACGCGCUGUUAUCCACCAUGGACUCCAACGGCAAUGGGUCGGUGGAGUUCGAUGAAUUGGUGAAAGCGAUACUGCCAGACUUGAAGAACGAAGAGGUGAUCGUGAAUCAAGAGAAGCUGCUAGAGGUGUUCAAGUGCUUCGAUCGCGACGGAAAUGGGUACAUAUCGGCGGCGGAGUUAGCCAGAGCAAUGGCCAGAAUGGGUCAGCCUCUUACUUACAGAGAGCUCACACAGAUGAUCAAAGACGCGGAUGAAGAUGGCGAUGGCGUGAUUAGCUUCAGUGAGUUCGCCAAUGUAAUGGCCAAGUCUGCCUCUGAUUUCUUUGGCCUCGCAUCGCCAUAACCAUAUAGCUCCUCAUUGUAUCAUAUGAAUUUCGAUUCUUCAAGGAUUAUGUAUGCCUGCCUGUAUGGCAUUUUUCUCUCUUCUCUUUCCUGAUAAGGCACAGAGUUGACUUCGCUCACA